ACUGUGGCUCUUUGUCAGCCUGGCUACAGUGCUGAGAAGAAACCUGGGGUUGUUCUUAUUUUCCUCUAUUAGUGAUUAAUAAUAUGCAGUUCUGACACUACGAAUGGCUAUUUUAUAUGUUAUUAAAACCAUCUUUAAAGGCUAGGAAAAACUUUUCUCACUUAGUGGAGCACCACCUCCUUUCCAGUUUUUGUGAUGCCUGCUUUAGGGAGUGGAGCUGCGAGCUGUACCACUGCCUUCUUUUUCACUGGGGCAACAGUAUCAAGUGUCAUACGCAGCGAGGCUGCAGCACUAUCAAUAAGAUUAUUGACGUGUGUGGGAGUAAAAUUAAGCUACCAGAGGAAGUACCCUUACAACCAUGUGGGCCGCACAUUGUACCAGCCUCCAACCCCGGUCGCCUCCGAGACCCAGUAUUUCUUUGUGGAUGUGUCAACCCUGUCUAGCCAGGGUACAAACUACAAGCUCAGGGCCAGCCGUGUUGAAAGCUUCACCCUGCAGACAGACAAGAAAUUCAACUUCACUGCAUCACCAUCUCAGCCUCAGCUGCACUCAGGGACUAAAUGGCUUCUAGACUAGAGGAGGAUCUCUGCUGUCCCGUCUGUCAGAAUGUCUUUAAAGAUCCUGUCAUCCUGUCACACAGCCAUAGCUUCUGUAAAGACUGUCUGCAGAGCUGGUGGAGACAGAAACAAACACGCGAGUGUCCAGAAACAAACACGCGAGUGUCCAGAAACUUUCAUUACAGAGUGAACCACCCUAUAACCUGGUGUUGAAGAACCUGUGUGAGUCCUUCUUUCAGGAGAGAGCCCAGAGAGCUUCAGAGACUCUCUGCAGUCUGCACUUUUGUCUGGACCAUCAGCAGCCAGUGUGUCUCAUCUGCAGAGACUCAAGUAAACACACCAACCACAAAUUCAGUCCCAUCAUAAGGGAGAUGAUGAAAAAAUGUUCCUGUUUUAGUGUGACUUGUUGUAGGCUCCUAAGUGGAGCAUAAAGUAAAAAAAAAAA